AUGGGACAGACACUUGCCGACAAGAACCAAGAAUAUUGGAACAAUGCUUCGCAUCAUGUUUUCAAAGACAAAUGGAUUCAAGAUAUGCAGAAUCAGGUUUUAGAAUUCCUGACGGGUAACGUCGACUGGAUAGGCGUUCAGUUUCCUACAGGCGACAAUGAGCGGCAGACGAAGUUGAUGGAUUAUGCCUGCGGAAAUGGCAUUGUGUCUCGCGUGAUCCCUGCAUCAUCUUUUUCCAAAUGCAUUGGCAUUGACCUAUCAGCUGGCAUGCUAGACGAAUAUCGUGCAACCGCAGCCGAACUAGGCCUCGACAACUCACGCAUGUCGGCCGUUCAGGGUGAUCUCUUGGCUCCCACGCUUACACCGACUACCCCUCCACUUAGCAAAGAAGAGCUGGAUGGGUUCGAUUUGGUAGCGAUUUGUAUGGCAUUGCACCAUGUCGAAGACAUCGCUUUGGCCACCAAACGUCUCGCCGAAAGGCUGCGACCGGGUGGUGUGCUUCUGAUCAUCGACUGGGCGGCGCGUGAUUUGUUGAAUGAGCCUGAGCAGCAAGUCAGGGAGCAGACAACUCCGUCCUCUUCAGGGGUUCAUCACGAUCACCACCAUCACCAUAUGCACGGUGUAAUAGACCCAAAACACCCUGCAGCGCAUACCAUGUCCCACAACAGCUUUUCACGGGAUCAGAUACUCUCCCUCUUCGAACAAGCGGGCUGUGCAGAGUCUCAAUUUAUGUUGGCGGAUCGACUAUCGCCCGUUCCUGGCGCUCGGAGUGGGCAGAUGCAACUGUUUUGGGCUCGUGCGACUAAGCUGUAA